AUGACUGACCGUCCUCCUCAUCCACACUCAGACAACUCUCGCGCUCCCAGCCCAUACGGCGACCCCUUUUCCGACAAUCCAAAUCCCCGUCACAUCCACUUCGCCCAAAGCAAUGCUUCUCUAGCUAGUCGCCCGGGCAUGCCUCAGCCCUUUGGCCCUUCCUCAUCCACACAUGAUCUCUCAAAUCCAGAGCAGCCCUACGACGAUGAUUACAUGGAGAAGCAGCCGCUCACUGGCGGUCAGUUCGCUGGUGGCUUCUACCCGCCCCCACCACCAGUCCCUGAUGAGCAGGGAUAUAUCCCAGGUCGACCUGGCUCAGUCAUGUCAUCGACCACCACUGAGAGAGAGUGGAGGAGGCGUCAGACCAUUAAGCGGGGUGUUACCCGUGCUGUCAGGCUCACAAAGGGAAAUUUCAUCGCUGAAUAUCCAGUGCCAACCCCCGUUUUCUCUGCCAUCGAAGCACAGUACACUAACACUAAAAGCACCGAAUUCUCGCAUAUGCGCUACACCGCGGCUACAUGCGACCCUGACGAGUUCACAGAAGCCAAUGGCUGGACCUUGCGCACAAAGUUGUAUAACCGUCAGACAGAUCUGCUGAUCGCGGUUACCUCGUACAAUGAGGACAAGACCCUCUACGCCCGCACACUCCAUGGUGUCAUGUUGAACAUCCGUGAUAUCUGUAAGACCAAGGCAUCCAAGUACUGGAGGCGACAUGCCGAAGAGGGACGCCCUGCAUGGCAAAAGAUCACUGUCGCUCUCAUCGUCGACGGUCUCGAGCCCAUGGACAAGAGCGUUCUAGAUAUUCUCGCCACUGUCGGCGUGUACCAAGAUGGUGUCAUGAAGAAGCAAGUUGAUGGAAAGGACACCGUCGCCCACAUCUUCGAGUACACGACCCAGCUCUCGGUCGACGCGACGCCAGCCUUGGUUCUUCCCCAGCCCAACGACCCCAACAAUUUGGUCCCCGUUCAGAUUAUCUUUGUCGUCAAGGCAAAGAAUCAGAAAAAGAUCAACUCUCAUCGAUGGCUGUUCAAUGCUAUUGGAAAGCAGCUCGAUCCCGAAGUCUGUGUUUUGAUCGAUGCCGGAACCAAACCUGGCCACAAAUCGAUUUACUAUCUUUGGGAAGCGUUCUACAACGACCCCAACCUCGGUGGAUGCUGCGGUGAAAUCCAUGCCAUGAUCAAGGGUGGCAAGAAGUUGCUCAAUCCUCUUGUCGCGGCUCAGAACUUCGAGUACAAGAUGUCCAACAUUCUAGACAAGCCGCUCGAAAGUAGCUUCGGCUACGUGUCCGUGCUCCCCGGUGCCUUCUCUGCGUACCGUUUCAAGGCCCUUCUUGGCCGACCUUUGGAGCAGUACUUCCAUGGUGAUCACUCCCUAGCCGAUCGCCUCGGACCCAAGGGUAUUCAUGGAAUGAGUAUCUUUACCAAGAACAUGUUCUUGGCCGAGGAUCGUAUCCUCUGUUUCGAAUUGGUGGCUAAAAAGGGGGAUCGCUGGACUCUCACCUAUGUCAAGCCUAGCAAGGCUGAGACUGAUGUACCCGAGAGUGUUGCCGAAUUGAUUGGACAGCGUCGUCGUUGGUUGAACGGUUCUUUCGCCGCCUCAGUCUACGCUCUUGUCAAUUUCUUCAGUUUCUACCGAUCCGGCCAUGGCCCUAUCCGCAUGUUCUUUUUCCAUAUCCAAGCUAUUUACAACGUCCUGUCUCUCGUCUUCAGUUGGUUCGCCCUUGCCAACCUGUGGCUUACCUUCACCGUCAUCAUCGAUCUCCUUCCUAUGCAAGACCCCCCUGUCUACAUUUUUGGCAACCAAGUCGCCACUCACUGGGUGAACUCGGUUUUCCGAUGGAUGUAUCUCGGUUUCCUCGCCUUGCAAUUCAUUAUGGGUCUGGGUAACCGUCCCAAGGGUGAACGUAUCCCGUAUACUGUUACUUUCGCGGCCUAUGCUGUUCUCGCGGUAUAUCUUUUGGUUUGCUCCUUCUGGUUGACAAUCAAUGCGUUCCAGAGCAUCCCUAAACAACUUGAGGGAUUGGACACUGGAGAAGUCGUCGCUGCCAUCUUCCAACCUCCGAUCGGUGCUUUGAUCGCUGCCAUGGUCUCGACAUACGGUAUCUACUUGGUUUCGUCUAUUCUCUAUCGUGACCCAUGGCACAUGAUCUCGUCAUUCGUUCAAUACCUUUGCAUCGCUCCUUCCUUCACGAACGUCCUCAACGUCUACGCCUUCUGUAACUUGCACGACGUUUCCUGGGGUACCAAGGGUAGUGACAAGGUCGAUGCUCUGCCUUCCGUCUCUUCCAAGAAGAAGGAUGCGGAAUCUGCGAUCGUCGAGGAUAAGACACAAGCUCAAGAGGAUGUCGACUCGGCCUUCAAGGAGACCGUCAACCGCGCGUUGGCCAAGAUCGUGAAGAAGGAUGAGGUCGAGAAGCCCACUCCAGACGAUCAAAACAAGACUUUCCGUACUCGACUUGUUUCGUUCUGGAUGCUUACCAACGCUGCGUUGGCUAUCGGUAUCUCUGAUAUCAACCGACUACCCAACGCCGAUGACCCAGAGGCGGAUUUGGCUCGCCUGAAGAAGAAGCAAAACAUUUACUUCUCCAUCAUCUUGUAUACGACCUUCUUGCUUGCUUUCAUUCGAUUCCUUGGUUGCUUGUACUAUUUCUUCAAACGCAACCUCUUCCGAUGCUUCCGCCGUGCUUAAAUAGGCUAGUCCUAUCCCUUCGUUCUUGCAUGCUCACGAUUCGUUCCGACUUUGUUUUUCUUGGUUUGGUUUCUUGGUUUGGCUUUGCGUUGGACAUUCCAUCUCUAUCUCUCUCACUUGCAUCCAAUCUUUCUCUGCCCCCGUCUUAUCUCAUUGCUGUCUCUCUCUCUCUCGCA